AUGUCGGAUGUACAGCGUAUGCUCAGCGACGCGGCGUUGGCAUGUGACGACAAUUGGUAUGGGUAUAAUUGUGCAAACAAGUGCGGUUUAUGCAAAUCUUUUGGAUGUAACAAAGUAACUGGAGAAUGUAUUAACGGAUGUGUUAAUAACUUGAAAAUAUUUUACUUGCCACCAUUGUGUCAUAUAGGCUUAGAUAAGCUCACAGAACCUGAAAUUGUCUCUAUCACUUCAACAAGCAUCCGAAUUAAACAUCCUAUAGUGUGGAAAGAGGAAUAUGAAAAAAUACGAAUAACUUAUUCGUGUGCUAUUACGGGAGAAAAUGAUUACAUCUUUACGCAAUCGUGGAAUAGACUGUUUCAAAAUAUGACAUAUUUGAUCGGAUACUUCAACAAGUUAAAUCCUGGUUCUGUUUAUUCAGUCAAAUGUAUGCUACUUGCAGAGAAUGAAAUAAUUGAAAGCAAAUGGCAAAGUGUGGAAACUGAUUGUGAACUAUUUCAUCAAUUGCGUUUAUUACCCAGCUUCAAUCCCACACUUGGUAGCAGAGCGUGGUUCGAAAGUGUACCUUUUUUGAGAUUGUUGAGUUGGAAUCUCACGAACGUGGAACAACUUGAUGACACAAUUUACUUCCUUAGGAGUGAAAAAAUUGAAAGAAUCUUAAGAGCUAAGAAGCUUUGA